CCCACUACAAAACCAGGCUGUAGCCUCCAGAAUUCUGAUGGAGCUGGAGGCCAAGUGGAACGGCAGCUCAGAGCAAGUGGAAUUCGGCAGGAUGUCACCAAGAAGCCAGGGAUUCACGAAGCUGCCUGGCCAGAAGACCUGUGGGAAGAGUGUACUCCUCUUUGUCUCUGUGCUGCUGAUCUCCAUGGCUCUGUGGGGAACGCUCCUAUUCUUGUUCCUAACUCGGUUCAAAGAAAUAGCCCAGGACUUGGAGAAGCUUCAGGAGUCCUGUGUGUACCACAAUGACUCUGGGAUUGUGACUAUCAUUAGGCAGCUACAGGCGGAUCAGUGGAACCUCAAAAACAAUGUCCCUCAGCUCUCCAAGGCCCUGAACAAACUCCAGGAAGACCAAACAACCAUGAAAUCUAAAGCCUCUCAGAUCGAUCAACAACUGGACAGAAUUGAAGCAGACAGAACAGCCUUCAAGUCCCAGGUGCUGAAUGAGAAGAACGCUGUGACUCAGGCUCAGGAAAAACUGCAGGAAGAGAUCCAGAAGCUUUGGACUGAAUUCCAUAGGGCAAAUGGAUGGAGAGUUCUCCCCUCUUCCCCCUCCCCAAACUCCACUGCUUCUCAGAUCUCCCAAGGACUGGACAGGCUUGAAGAAGACCACACAACCAUGCCAACUCAGGGCUCUGUCUGCACAAAUUGCCCAGAAGACUGGCAACUGUUCCAGAAGAAAUGCUACUUUUUUGGGAAGGAGCCCAAGACAUGGUCCCAGGCCAAGUUUGCCUGUAUCAACCUUCAGGGCCGGCUGGUCAGCAUCAAAAGCAAAGAGGAGCAGGACUUCCUAACCCAGAGGGCCAACAAGAAGGGUUCCUGGAUUGGCCUCCGAGAUCUGGACAUAGAGGGCGAGUUCAUAUGGAUGGAUGGGAGUCCCCUGAACUACAUCAACUGGAGCCCAGGGGAGCCCAACAACCAGGGUCAGGGGGAGGACUGCGUGAUGAUGCGUGCCAACAAUGGCCGUUGGAAUGAUGCCUACUGUCGGGGGCAACAGGAUAGCUGGAUCUGUGAGAAGCUAGCCACAUGCUGACCAUUGACCAUGGCCAAAGGCCAACAACCUGAGGCUAGCAACCAGCUUUAGCCCUGACAUGGCAGGGUCGAAAGGUUUCUUAUUUCUCAUCCAGAAGGAACAGGAAGGAAUCCCCCUCCUAACCCCGGACCUGAAACCUCAUGUCUCUGAUCCUGCAUCCUGUGCCAGAUUCUGGCCCUCCCAUCCCUUGGCUCUCUGCCCUACUCCAGACCUUCCUACUCCUGGACUAGGACUCCAAACCCCAAAUUCCUAGUCUCCAGGCCCUUCCCUGAACUGGGAAGGAACAACCACCCUCCUCCCAGCACUUUCCCUGAGGUUGAAGGAAAGGCCAGCCCUCCAGUCCCAACCUUCCCUGAACUCCAAGCCUUCCAUCCCAGGACGUCCACAUGCUCACAAUCUCACCUGCUUCCUCACCCACCAAAGAUUCUUGGCUAGAGUUCCCAAGGUAUGCCGGGGAAAGCUGAUUUUGUUCUGGCUCUUCCCUUCCUCCCACUCUGCCCCAGUGGGUCAAAGAAUGGGGUCAACCUCAUACUGUUUUUUUCUCAAGAGAGGAAUUGUGUCCACAGCAGCCCACCACUGACCUGAGAGGCUUGGUUUUUCUUCUCAGUUCUUCUGCAAACAGAAGCCUCCUGAGUUUCUCUCCACAUCUCUGCUCCUGACCUCUGUUCAAAAGCAGCCACACCAUUCAUAUAUGGGAGCAUUAAGGCCUCUAGCCCAGCCUAUGGCCCACUAAAGGUCUAGGACUGCAUACCCACCUAAGCCACAGUCCAAAUCUAGUUCUGAUCGGUCGCGUUCCAAACUCCCCAUCUGUUCCUUCCCCCCACCCCAGCAGAACUCAUUCCCCAAGUCUCACUUUUGCUCCCUGUCCCUCAGCUCCACUCCUAAGGCACACAAGAGGCUGAAGGUUCUCUGGGGUUAUCAUCAAAUCCUGGUCCUCGGGGUGUCUCCAGGAAGCUUUAAAGAGCAAAAUCUACUUGUAGAAUAGUCAGUUAUCUGCCACCCGUAGGAUCUGGAGAUGGAUGGGCCCUUAAAGAUCAGUUAGCCCAAUCUCCUCGUCUUACAUUUAGGGAAAACAUGGCCCAGAGAUAAGUGAUUCGCUCAGGGUCAGUAAGUAGAAAUACGUGGCAGAGCUGAGACUGGAGCCCAGUUCUUCUGACUCCAGAUCCCGGGCUCUCUCCCCACAGACUGUGCAGAUCCCCUUUUCACUAGUCUGGCCCAUGUCCUGUCAGUCCAUGUCCACCCUCUCCCACCAAUGCAUGAGGUUCAGAAGCUCGCAAGCCCUUUAAGCUUGCUAGCCAGGGCAGCCUGCCAGGGCCCACUACAGCCUUGCUGGACAAGUCUCUCUUCUUCUUUGACCCUCAGUUUUGUCUCAUGGGCCAGAAGGCUUUUAAAGGCCCCUUCUGGUUCUAAAUACUGUAAUGCAGCGCUCUCUGUGGGAUCUUCCCAACGUGACAGUGCAGGCAGAGUCUGGACUAACUCCCUAACAAGCCACCUCCCUUGUGUUUCCCUUAUCACUUAAAGAAUUAGUGGCAGCUUCUCUGGGAGCUCUUCCAGGGCUGAUCACAGAAGCUUGAGCUGCUCUGCCGUUGCCUUGGCCCCACGACUACUUUCCCAGGCUUGUUUUUGCCCAAAUGAAGGCCCGACCCUUCCUCCUGACACUCUCUCCCGCCAGUCCCAGAAUGUAGCACAUUCCCAGUACAAACUAGUCUCAUUUCUGCAUCUAUUGACAACAAAAGCCUCCUGUUGUUUUAUUCUGAAUUCUCCUCAGCUCACUGAUUCAACAAAUGUUCUUCAAGGACAUCCUGUGUGCAGGGCACAGUAGCCUCUCUAAUGAGAAACUCAGGACUGGGAUUUCAUUAGCAGGGUUUGGCUCCCUCACUCCUCAGGCCCCCAGCUGCCCAGACACAUCCAGAGAAUAAGACCUGUCAGAAAGGACCACAAUCUGAACUACUGACUGGGGAUCCUUCCAAGCUGCCUAUAUUCACGCUGAUGCAGGGGGACCUUCCCCACAAGCACAUAAGGGCCUAAUCCUUAGCUUGGAAGUUCUAUCCACUCUCCAGUUCCCCAUUCAGUCUUCAAGGGGGCUCACUGGCAUAAGGCCAAGAGUAGGUGCAAGAGCCCUUGGACUCUAUCUGCAAGGAGCACCUGGGGGGGGAGGGGGGCUGACCAUGAGUACAAAACAAAAGACUUGGGCCAUUCGAGCAUGCCCAUGGAAAUAAAGCCAUUAACUAGUGUCAGAAUCACAGAAACUAACACUAGAAGGGGCUUAGAGAUCAGCAAAUCCAAACCCCUCACUUUGAAAAGAGGGAAAAUAAGGCCUACAAAGGGCUUGAGGUCACAAAGUGGAUGAGUGACAGAGCCAAGAUCUGACAGCCCAGGUCUAACUGCCAUGUCACCAACUGAGUUGCUGUACAAGGAUGCUUUCCCUCUCUGGGGCUCAGUUUCCCAUGUGGGAGCUGGAUUAGAUGGUCUCAGAGGGAAAGGUCCCACAUAUACAAAAGUAUUUAAUUAUGGAGGUAGUUUUCACAGUAGCAAAAAUCUGGAAAAAGUAGGUGCCCAUCAACUAAGAUAUGGCUGAACUCUGGUAUGUGAAUGCAACUGAAUAUUUUUGUGCUGUAAGAGAUAAAAAUGAAGAAUUUGGAGAAAUCUGAGAAGGCUUAUAUGAGAUAAUGCAGUAAGAAGGGAGGAUAACCAAGAGAAUAAAACUGUAAAUAUGUAGGUAAAGGAAAAACAACCAAAGACAUCAGAACUCUGUAUCCCAGGGAUCUGUCCUCGCCCCAUCACCCUCUUCUCCUUUCUCCCUACCCACUAUCUAAAUUCUUGAUUGUCCCAUCAGCUCCAAUAAGUUCUACUAUUAUCUAUCUACAUGCAUGUGGUUCCCAAAUCUACCUAUAAAGUUCUCAUCUAUCUCCUGAGCUCCAAUCCUAACCAAUGUCCCCCCCCAACCUUAAUGACCCAUCCCAUCACAAUCUCAAACUCACUAAGUCCUAAACAGAACUCAUCUUUCCCCCUUCUAAUUCCCCUCCUUCUGUCCAGGGCGCCACCAAACUUCCAGGCUCACAAAUGGAGGUCAUCUCAAUUCUUCACACUCCCUCACCAAACGCAUUCAAUCAAUGACCAAGUUUUGCUGAUUCUACUCAAGUGCCAUCCUUCACAUCUGAUCCCUUUUCUCCACUCAAAGCUACCACCCUAAUUCAAGCCCUCAUCACCUCUCUCCUCAACUAUUCCAAUAGCCUCUAAAUUGGUCUCCCUGCCUAAGUUUCUCGUUGCUCCAGUCCAUCUUCCAAACAACAGCAAACAGAAUAAACCCUAAAGCACAGAUCUGACCAUGUCACUGCCUGCUCAGAAAGCCUUGGAGGCUCCCUAUUGCUUCUAGAAUCAAAUACAGAGCCCUCCACUCAGCAUCAAAAGCCCUUCGCAAUCUACCUCCAACCACUCUUUCCAUUCUGAGUUGUCAUUACACCCUCUCAUGCACUACAUUCCUGUAAAACUGGCCUUCUGGCAUUCCACCUCCACUUCCUUACCUUUUCAUAGGUGGCCUAGAACACUUUCUCCACACCUCCACCUCUUAAAAUGGCUAGAUUCCUUUAAGGCUCUGCUCCAGGGGCACCUCCUAUAAGAGGUUUUUCCAGGUUCACCCAGUUGUUUGGGUCCCUCCCACCAAAAAAAAAACUGCCUUAUAUUUUUGUAUAUAUUGUGUAUUUAAUUACCGGCAUACAUGUUGUUUCCUCCAUUCCACCACAAGCCCCAAGCUGACUGUGAGCUCCUCGAGGGCAAACGUUCUUCCUUGUUUGCCUUUGUGCCCAGCUUGUCACAGUGCCCGGCACAAAGAUUUUUAAUAAAUGUUUAAUAAAUGCUUAUUGAACUGAACUGAAUUAAAUCGCCUUGACAAAUCAGGAAAUUUAGUCUCCAAAGGACUAGUAAUGAGACAUCCCCUGCCCCCCUGCUCCGGAAGAGAUGGUGGACUACAGGUACAGAACAAGACAUAAUUUGUCACGCACAGCCAAUGUGUUGAUUUGUUUUGAUUAAUUAAAUUUCUUUGCUACA